CCAUGGACAGCGWCACUUUUGGGCUGCUCCUGUGACUUUCUGAAUGACCAUGGCUGGGGAAAUUGUUUAUGCGGAUUUAAGGCAUCUUGGGGAUAGUUCUUCUGCUGAGAAGCAUCGUGCUCCUGCCUUCUGUCCGUGGUGGCACAGGCUCCUCCUCAUAGCAGGGGGGCUGGGGCAACUCAUCCAGCUGGUCCUGGUGGUGGUGCUGAGUGUGCGGGUUUUUCAGGGCUCCCCACAGCCAGUGGUGACAAGCGUUCCACAGCUAGGCUGUGAGAUACAGGGAAGGAACCAGAUGGAGCAGAGCACGUUUUCAUCCCURGUGCGAUAUUUCUGCAAGCCCCAAGGGAAGAGUCCCACAGCCUAUGCUGGCUGCAAGCUGUGUCCCCAGGACUGGCAGCUCCAUGGGGAAAGAUGCUACUGGCUCUCUGAGGAAUUGGGAAACUGGACUCAAGGAAUGAAAAGCUGUGAAAAUCAGGACUCCCAGCUGGUGGUGCUCCAGGACAAGAAAGAAAAGGAGCACAUCAAGAGUAUCAUAGGCAAAAGCCCACCACCUGUGUGGAUUGGAUUAAGGUCACAUCAGAAAGUGUGGAGAUGGGUGGACAACACACCUUUCAACCCCAAAAUGCUUGGCAUCUCUCUGCAGGAGAUGGAUGAAGGGUGCGGGACACUGAGAGCCAAGGAUUUUGGAGUUUAUAGAUGUGAUGCCGAACACAAGUGGGUUUGCAAAAAAAACCCUUUCCCGCUCUGCUCUGUGACAGCAGGAGMUGGGGAGAAAUGCGAUGCCUCCAUCUGACAAGCAACCACCCCAAAAUGCCCAUCCCACAAGACACUUGCUGCCAGUAUUUGGGAUGAAAUAGCCCCAUCCUCACCAUUACAGCUUUGUGGAAGAUUUCAGGGUUUGCAUAACCAUGAGGAUAAAGACCAGUUUUGGGGGUGCACAGAUGAGCCCCUGAGCUGAGGAACCAGAAAGGUUUGUGCUUCAGGCACAGUGUUGA